UCCAAACUAUCAAAAAAAAAAUGGCUAUUCCACCACCACAUUCUCUUCUCUUCAUCUUUCUCCUCCUCCUCCACCCUUUUUUCAUUAUCUGCGACUCUAAAACCCUUUACUUCUCGAAAUCCACAUUUUUUUUGGACUAUCAAAAAAUGGUUACAAACCUCAAAGUUUUUAUAUACCCACCACCUCCUCAAACCCAAAAAUUCGAAAAAAUAAACUCUACAUACUCUAUCUUCUAUGAUUCUCUCCUUUCUUCCGACUUCAUCACUCACAACCCUAACCAAGCUACUCUCUUUUUCAUCCCUUUUCCACCCUUACCGAGGCGAUUCCUAGCGGGUCACCUUGAAUACCUACGCGCUUUUUACCCUUAUUGGAACCCCUCCCUUGGAGCUGAUCAUUUCUACUUCUCUUGCAAUGAAGUGGGUCCUAGUUUUAAUCGAGAAAUCCUUGAAUUAAAGAAAAAUUCUAUUAGGAUCUCAUGUUUCCCUUCACCCGCGCGUGAGUUUAUUCCCCAUAAAGAUAUCACAUUUUCUCCACUCCUAUCACUACCACGCGCCUCAUUAGAAGGUGUCCCCACGCGCUUCCUAGGGUAUUGGAGAUUUAAUAAGGUACAUUCCAAUGUAAAGUUGAUCAAUGAGCUUAGAGAUGAUGUUGACUUUUUGAUUGAAUCUGAACUGUCCAAUGAAGGAGAGUACUUAGAAAGUGUAAAAGGUAGUUAUUUUUGUUUAUUUAUUUAUAAUGGUAGUAAUGGAGAAGGAUUAAUGAAGGGGUUGACUAUUGCAUUGGCUCAUAGUUGUGUUCCUGUAGUGAUUACUGACCGUCCGAUACAAGAUCUUCCUUUGAUGGACUUGAUCAAAUGGUCGGAAAUAGCGUUGUUUGUAGGGUCAAACAUGGGUGUAGAUGAAUUCAAGAGCGCGUUGACUGACACGCGCGAGAAUGGUGCAUAUAUAAAGAUGAAAAGAUUGGGUGUAGAGGCCGUACACCAUUUUCUAUGGAAUGAGUCUUCACCACAGCCAUACGAUGCGUUUCAUAUGUUGAUGUAUCAACUCUGGAUUAGAAGACAUGCCAUCAAAUAUGCCACUUGGAAAUUAUAAGUGUAAACCAUAUGAUUUAUUAUAAAAAAAAUAGUUUUGAUUUGUUUUGAGGAAUAUAUUUAAAAAAUAGAGUUAAUUAAUAUUGAUGGAGUAAGAGAUGUGCAUACUAUAUUUUUUAUUUAAGUUUUAUUUAAUAAUAAUAUAAUAAGGUAA